AAGCGGAGAGGAAGAGCGGAGCCACCGAGACGCAGUGGGACACAACACUGACUCUGAGAAUAUCACACCGACGCACCACAGCCAUCUAGCAACAUUUUUCAAAAAGCGCGAUAGUCUCCAAAAUCACGCCUCAGGAGCCCGACCCGAGCGGUGCGCGGCAGAGCCUUCCAGCAUGGAGACUGCGCUAAAAAACAAGCACUAAAAUGUGAGCUUUACAGAGGAAAGCAGAAGAGAGAGAGAGAGAGACAUAGAGAACGUGUGUGUGAGAGAGUGUGUGUGUGUGUGUGAGAGAGAGAGAGAUAGAGUGGCUUCCCCAUUCAUCUUUUGCGGGUGAUCUCAAUUUUGUGGUCCGCAGUCUUGAAAAUGAAGAAGUUCAACAUCAGGAAGGUGCUGGACGGCUUGAAAGAGGUCUCCUCUUCCGCCCCGUCUGUCCAAGUGGGACCACAAGAGAACCAUCUGAUCCAGGAGACCCUUCAGUCCGAGCAUUUUCAGCUCUGCAAGACUGUCCGUCAUGGCUUCCCCUACCAGCCGUCGUCCAUGGCUUUCGACCCAGUGCAGAAGAUCCUGGCGAUUGGGACCCAGAGUGGGGCUCUCAGAUUGUUUGGUCGCCCAGGUGUGGAGUGUUACUGUCAGCAUGAGAGUGGAGCGGCCGUCAUCCAGCUUCAGUUCCUCAUCAACGAGGGAGCGCUGGUGAGCGCUCUGGCUGAUGACAGUGUCCACCUGUGGAACCUGAGGCAAAAGAGACCAGCCAUCCUCCACUCCCUCAAGUUCAGCAGAGAGAGAAUAACCUUCUGCCACCUGCCCUUCCAGAGUAAGUGGUUGUACAUCGGCACAGAACGAGGGAACAUCCACAUUGUCAACGUGGAGUCCUUUACGCUCUCAGGCUACGUCAUCAUGUGGAACAAAGCCAUCGAACUGUCUUCUAAGGCCCACCCUGGACCAGUUGUCCACAUAAGUGACAACCCCAUGGAUGAGGGAAAGCUUAUAAUUGGAUUUGAGUCUGGGAUCGUGGUCCUGUGGGAUCUGAAAUCAAAGAAGGCCGACUAUCGCUACACUUAUGACGAGGCAAUCCAUUCGGUUGCCUGGCACCACGAGGGCAAACAGUUCAUCUGCAGUCACUCAGAUGGAACUCUGACCAUAUGGAACGUCAAAGGCCAGGGCAAGCCCAUACAGACAAUCACCCCGCAUGGAAAACAGCCCAAGGAUGGGAAGAAGCCGGAGCCUUGUAAACCCAUUCUCAAAGUGGAAUACAAGACCACUAGAGCUGGGGAGCCCUUCAUAAUCCUGUCUGGCGGUCUCUCCUACGACACUGUGGGCCGGCGGCCUUGUCUGACGGUGAUGCAUGGGAAGAGCACCGCUGUGCUGGAGAUGGACUACCCCAUAGUAGAUUUCCUCACUCUCUGUGAGACACCGUACCCUAAUGAUUUUCAGGAACCUUACGCCGUAGUGGUCCUUCUAGAAAAGGAUUUAGUGGUGAUCGACCUUGCACAAAAUGGUUACCCCAUAUUCGAGAACCCCUAUCCUCUGACUAUCCACGAGUCUCCUGUGACCUGCUGCGAGUACUUUGCUGACUGCUCUGUGGACCUCAUACCUGCACUUUACUCUGUUGGCUCGCGGCAGAAACGACAGGGCUACAGCAAAAAGGAGUGGCCUAUUAGCGGUGGAAACUGGGGUCAAGGCACACAGAGCUACCCAGAGAUCAUCAUCACCGGGCAUGCUGAUGGAACUGUGAAGUUCUGGGAUGCCUCUGCAAUAAUGCUCCAGGUGCUGUAUAAGCUCAAAACAGCCAAGGUGUUUGAGAGAGGCCGGCCCAAGGAGGAGAAGGGCAGCACGGAGGUGUCGGAUGAAGACCCGUUUGCCAUUCAGAUUAUGGCUUGGUGCCCCGAGAGCCGGAUGCUGUGUGUGGCCGGGGUGUCAGCUAAUGUUAUCAUCUACCGUUUCAGCAAGCUGGAAGUAACCACUGAGGUAGUGCAGUUACUAGAGGUGCGUAUGCAGUACGAGCUGAACGACACGGAGUCUCCAGAAGGUGGAGGGGGAGACCAGACACCAGCGCUUCCCACCCCCGGUGCCUCCCCUCAGACGAGCGGUCCGCCCUCUCACCCCUCCACCAGCAGCAACAAUUCUGAUGGAGGCAGCAUGGCCUGCCUCAAAGUGCGCAGUACUCCGCUGAAGCAGUCUCCAGGUUACCAGGUAGACUUGGUAGUCCAGUUAGUGUGGGUGAAUGGAGAGCCUCCUCAGCCCAUCACGAGUCUGGCGCUCAAUUCCUCCUAUGGCCUUGUGGUUUUUGGCAACAGCAGCGGUCUGGCGGUGGUGGACUACAUCCAGAAGACAGUGCUGCUGAACCUGGGGACGGUUGAGCUUUAUGGCUCCAACGACCCUUACCAGAGACAGCCCCGCUCGCCACGGAAGACACGGCAGCCCUCUGGAGGUCUGUGUGACAUCAAUGAGGGGUCGGCCACAUCGGAGGACCGCUGCAAGUCUCCAACCUCAGACCACCGGGACAACUCAUUCAGCCGCUCACGCUCCUCCAGCGUCACCAGCAUUGACAAGGAAGCCCGGGAGGCCAUCACCUCCUUCCACUUCUGCGAGACCUUUGCCCGUAAGGGGGACAACUCUCUGACACCCUGCCUGUAUGUGGGCACCUCCCUGGGCACAGUGCUGGCGGUGGCGCUCACCUUACCACCUGCUGGAGAGCAACGGCAACUGCAGCCAGUCAUCGUCUCCCCUACUGGCAUGUUGGUACGGCUGAAGGGCAGCAUCUUGCGGAUGGCUUUCCUGGACUCCACAGGUUCUCUCCUGCCCCCUGCUUAUGAGCCCUGGUAUGAGCCCAACAUUUCAGCCAAUGGCGAAGAGCGAGACAAAGUCCGUAAGCGCCGUCCUGUCUCAGUGUCACCCUCCAGUUCCCAGGACCUCAAUGAGUGCCAAUACGCUGUGGUUUGUUCAGAGAAACAGGCCAAAGUCAUUUCUCUGCCCUCUCAGACCGGCAUCUAUAAACACAGUAUCACAGAGACCUCUUUCAUCCUACGGGCAGACGUGGUACACAUGAGUGCUGGUGUCUGUGUGGCGUGUUUCUGUGCCAACGGGCACAUCAUGACCCUCAGUUUGCCAGGACUGAGACCGCUGCUGGAUGUAAACUACCUGCCUUUGACAGACAUGCGGAUAGCCAGGACCUUCUGCUUCACCAACCUGGGCCAAGCAAUGUACCUCACUUCCCCCACCGAGAUCCAGAGGAUCACCUAUAGCCAGGACACCUGUGAAAACCUACAGGAGAUGUUGGGGGAACUAUUUACCCCAGUGGAGACACCAGAGGCACCGAACAGAGGGUUCUUCAAAGGUCUCUUUGGAGGAGGAGCACAGUCUCUGGACAGAGAGGAACUUUUUGGUGAGUUAGCUGCUGGUAAGGCGUCCCGAAGCCUGGCACAGCACAUCCCAGGCCCGGGUGGCAUUGAGGGCAUGAAGGGGGCAGCCUCUGGUGUGGUCGGGGACUUGGCACGUGCCCGAAUAGCCUUGGAUGAGAGAGGCCAGAAACUGGGUGAGCUGGAGGAGAGGACAGCCGCCAUGAUGGCCAGUGCAGAUUCCUUCUCCAAACACGCCCACGAGAUGAUGCUGAAGUGCAAAGACAAAAAAUGGUACCAGUUCUGAUCGGCGGCGGGGGAGGAGUUCAGCUCCACGGACACAAAAGUCACCUUCCAUCAUCUCAUUUGGACUCACCGUGCCCCCCCUCUAUCUGUCCAUCCUCUCAUCUGUCCCUCCAACCCUUCUUCACUGGGACUCUUGGGAUUUUCUUCCCUAGCACAAUGAUGACUACUGUUCUUACCUCAGUCUUUGGAUGGAACUGAGGAGUGGACAGCGGAGAAGGACCAACUCAGAGGGAGCAAACAAAUGGUGUCUUUUUUUAUGUUCUCGUUUGAUUGUCGGUUUGUCUUUUCGUUCAGCCUCUCCUCUCCUCCGAGCUUGCCAGUUGGCUAGCGCACGUCGAGAUCCUUCAUUUCCAUUCACCAAAAUGUUGUCUCCGCUCCAACCACGUUGGGGCCAGCAUCCAAACAGACGAACACAGCUGAAAAAAGAGAAAUAACUGAUGAAGAAACUACAAAGAAGAGACUACAAAAAAAAAAAAAUUCUCAAAAUGUAAAAAGAAGGAAAAAAUAAUCGAAAUACAUUAUUAUAUAUACAUAAAUCUAUUUAAAUGCGCAACACUAUAUCCACCUCCGACUGACAAGCAGAAAAGGGAGGGACAACGCAGAAAGGAGACGCGGAGUGGGAAGGCCAAAGGAAGCACCACUUGAGCGCCACAGGAAGUGCUGUGACAAGUGACGCCUCGUCUGUGCAGAGUGUCACAUGGGAUUAAAAGCAACUCAUUCUGAUGUACAUUGGAUAUCUCGUCUUCUCGCUCAACCUCUAGACUCUCCUCUGUAUCUUACAGACUUUCAUGUCAUUACCGACAGUAUGUGUGUUUGAUUUCUCUUUUACCGCCAUUCCUCUAUUUGUUAAUUGUUUGGUUUUUUGCUCUGUCUGUAUUAUCGGAAAAUCUCUUAUUUUUCUAUUGUUGUGAAAGUGGAUGAUAUUUGAUUUGUUGAAAAAUAUGUUUGUGGCUUUUGUCUAAAACUUUAUAUUAAUUUCUCCUUAUGAAAAGGGCUGGAAUCUAAAGGAGGGCAAGGAUAUAAAAGGCAUAUAUCAUUUAGUACUCAGUGACAUGGCAACAUCAGAUUUCGUUACUCCAAAAUCUUAGGGCAAGACCAUAUGAGCCGCACAUGGUUCGUUGUAUACCUGAGGAUUUUAUUUAUUGACUUAUGUAAUGUGAUGUAAACUGCCUCCCUCACCCUCUAAUGCCAUAAGCUUCCACAGUUUGGCUUGGUCUGCAAGUGUGUCUGUAUAAAUACUGAUGAGAUCAGUGUUAAAUACACUAAUAGUCUAGCCAGAUUUGUUGGGUUUUCAGGAGUUUCCAAUGGACUUAUGAUCCUGGAGCGCACAUCAGUAAGGAGAUUAUAUACACAUGAGUAGAAAACCUAUUUAUGUGUGUCCAUAUAUGCAGGAUUAUAUGUACAUGGAUGUGUAGUCCUACAAGGCAGACAUUUUUUUGAAGCAUAUAUUUUUUUUGUUGUUGUUUUUCGCUGCCAGCUGUCUGUAUGAGGAAAAUUGCGUGAUCGGUCUGUUGAAGUUUAUUUAUUGCGGUGCAAGAGACACUUUGAGUUUGGUGUCAGAAACUUCAGAAGCAUUUGUCAUUAUCUUGUUUCCAUUUCCAUAUCAGUAGUGAGGCUCAGAUGUGGUGUUAUCUCUGUGUCAACCAGGCUUUUACCAGGCUUUUGUUUCUGUACAUAGGUAAAUAGUUUGACAAUCUAAGACCAAUUGGAAAGUAAAUGUCGAGGUUGCUCAAGCGACAUAAAGAGGAAAGUGGCCAUAUUUUUUCUGACGCCAAAGAAUUACUUUAGCUUUUUUUUCCAUUGUAUUAUUAGUUGGCUUGUCACUCCAUGAGUCUCAACACCAGACAACACGACGUAGUGUGACGCGGCUUCACCCGAGGAGAGCAGUUCGGAAAGGAUCCAUCUCGAAAUACUCUCGCAUCCUCAUCAGCUUUCCUGGUUUGAGUGGAGUGGGCAAGUUUUGAAAUGGAACUCAGCCAUUUAUUGUACUACUCGCUCACAUUACUGUAGACAGGUCUUCAUAAAAUGUAAGGUUUGAACUUGAACUGUAAGCGGCCUAACUGUUGGUAAGGCUGUUUCCAACCUGAACCAUUUCAUUACAGCUCAGCCACAACAGUAUUUAUGGAAUCCAUCUAUUGGUGUGUGUGUGUGUGUGUGUGUGUGUGUAUGUGUGUGUGUAUGCGUCUGUUUGUAUGUGUUUGUCUGUGGUAGGGUGUGUCCAUGUAAUUUAAGUCUUUAUGUUCUUUAUAUUAUGUUUUGUCUCUUUUAAUAAGUGAUGUCGAUGUCCUUGUUUCACCAGUCGCCAGUCUGUGCUCCAUUGAUGGUCUAUACGCUAACAAAUGCCACCAAAAACGAUGAAAAGAUGAAAAUAAUAAUAGGAUAAUAAGCAUUAGUGGAUGACCUCUGAAUUGUGGUAAAUUUCGCAUGUUCAGUGUUUGCACACAUGCUUCAACUCUCCCUCAUUCUUCUUCUCUCUUUGCCUCUCUCUCUCUCUCUCGCUCUCUGACUCUUCCAGUUACUCCAUUGGUUUAUACAGCUACAGAUCUGGUCUUCUCUGUGUUUAGUAUGCAUUGUUGUGUGGAUGUUGGUAGGUAGCUCUGCUUUUCUCCCAAGGUGAAGAAAAGACAAAAAAAAAAAAAAAAAAAAAAACAUGUCAGGAAAACUAAAAAGCUAGUUUCUUUUGCUAGAGGUCAUCCCCAAUAACCUGUUCAAUCUCUAUCUGUCUGUGUCUCCAGUUCUUAGUUGUUGUUUUUUUUUCCCAUGUUAUAGACUUUUCUUUCUUUUCUUUUUUUUUGUCCGAGUGACUUGUUUCUCGUCCAUACACUAUGGUAUGCAGUAUUCUGACCUACUAUGAUCCACACAAUCAUUGACAACAAGAGGGAGUCCUGUCUUAUCUGCCAUAUGCCAUCUUCUGUCCUGGAUUCAACAGUUAUCAGUGGGUUGCAGUAUUUUUCUCAUUGUAGCCAAUUUUCUUGUACAGUUUUAUGCAAAUUUCACAUGGAUGUUUAUGACUUUAUCUGCUGCCACAAAAAAUUUAGAAACUCUGUAGAUAGAAAUUACUGUGCAAUGGAAAAUAAAAGUGGAAAAUGUAA